UUCAAAACACUAGUGAGAUAAAACAAGGAUUCGGAGCCCAGCAGAUCAGGUGGUGGUGGAAACCGAACGCAACGCAUCGCAAAGAAACGAGACGAAAAACGAAACGAAACGAAACGAAACGAACUGCAGGACAACACAACGCACCAUCGAUUCCAGAGCAACCCAACAAUCUGCACGCACAAAGACAGAAAGGCGAACCGACACCCAUCAUGAAAUCCAUACUAGGAAGCGCAAUCGGAACGCUGGUCUUCUUGGCGCUCGUCGCCGGGAGUGGUGCCUCGAUUGGCCACAGCGCCGGCCUCUACCGUUCCGAUCCGGCAGAGAACAACAGGCACCUGGCCGUUUAUGCCCUGUACAACCUCGAUGGCUUUCGCGUCUUUUUUGGCACGAAGCGGACGGAUGCCCUGGACAAGGCCCUGGAGGCCGCUCCUUCCAAUCCCGCACCAGGAACCCCCUGGACGCUCGUCUCGGAGACGGGGGGCCUCUCCUCGGGCCUCUCGUACCCCCUGCGGACCACCACACAGGAGUUUUUGUUUGUGGGCCUCCAGAACCUGAUGGAUGCAUGGGCGCUGGAGCGUGGCGGGAGCUCCGACGGGGAGGCUGCGCUGGAAGAGGACGUCUACGGCGCCGGAAGCAAUGCUACGAUUGUCGGGGGGAGCAACGAGAACGCUAUUGGUAGCGACAACAACGAAAACAACAACCGGAUGCGGCGGUUGCUGGAAAACAAUUAUGCCUACGGAGCCCAGCAGAGAGACCACGCCCGGGUCAUUCAGGUACAAAACAACAACAACGACGGCGGAAUCAGCGGGGCGGAUGCCACCGGGGAAGAAAGCUACAAGGUCCAGGUCGGCAAGGAAACCGUUACCUCCGUAUCGGGGUCGACUCAGAUUGCUGCCACCGAAGCGGAAGGAGAAGAUGACCCAGCACCAACGACCAAUGAAGGAGCUCCGGAAUCGGGUACGAUGCAAUCAAACAGCGAAGACCUUGUCGAGCCGCCGCUGGAGGCUCCACCCUCGGAAUACGAGUCCAGUUACGUCCAUUUGUAUGACGGGUUGGUCUAUCACAAGAUGUACGAUCGCAUUGUAACGAUCGAUCUCAGGGUGAAGCUCUACCUUCGAACGGGACCCUUCACGGGCAGCAAUGGUGAUGGCGAUGGCGAUGGCGAUGGCGAUGGCGAUGGCGAUGGCGAUGGCGACGACAAGGACGACCUCUGGGGAUCCAGAAGGCUCCGUUCCUUGCAAGCACAAGGCGGUGAAGCGAACGCCGAAUACGCGGAGCUCAUGGCGGAAAUGACGCCAACGAUUGCCUUUGUAGAGCCCUUUUCGGAGGAACAAAAACUGAACAAGCCCAGCAACGAAGACGUUCGGGAACUCUUUCAGAGGUGGAUGGACUUUUUGUUCGGGAUGCAACGCGACAUAUACCUCCGGUCCCUGGUAUCCCACCCAAGCCAGGAACUCCUGCAGGAAAUUACAAAGCUGAGGGUAGAUAUGCCGGAGCCGCUGCCGCCCCUGGCGGCUGCCUCUACCCCCAACGAUUCCAAUUGGUACGGGCAGGACUGGUCCGAGCGCACCAAGAACGCCCUCAUCACCAUGCUGGUCCUCCUGGCGGUCAUUGCCGUGGUGUGGCCGAUGUACGCCUGGUACGAGCACGUCAAGCGGGACAGGGAGCUCCGCCUGCAGCUCCUGCACGGCGGUCUCUCCCUCGGAGAUGGAGACAGCGACGGCCUCAGCAGCGUGACCUACCGCGACGACCCCAACCAGGUGAGCAACAAAAGCUUCAUGGACCAGGGCUUCCACGCGUCCCUGCCGCGCCCCACGGCGCUCGGGAUGGAGAGCCCGCAGCGGGGUACCUCCCUGGACGUUCCCCACCACGGAACGGACGUCUUUCCCUCGCCCACGAACCACAGCGGCAGGAGCAAUGCCCGCAGCACGGCCAGCGCCGUGUCGGCACUGAAUGCCUCCGAUAGGUAUCUUUCGCGGCAUCGCCCGGACCUGUACUACGACCAGCACCGAUCGGACACCAACGCCACCGUCAGCGUCUUUGGACGGUCCUACGAAAUCCCCAGCAACCCCUUUGAGUACAUCUACAAGGGAUACUUCCAGCACCAAGACCCGCAGCAAGGGGCGGACCGUUCCAGGCAGCCCCCGCAGCCGUCCCCGGGGGCCGCUCCCUCCCCCCACUACGGCCUCGACCUGGGCCGGUCGGCCCAUUUUCCCUUUUCGUCGCCCGGAAGGUCCUCCUUCACGGGGCGGUCGAUCUCGGUCGGGAGCGCCAACAGCGAAACCAAUCCGGCCAACAGCGCGAGCCACUUUGCCCCCAUCCGGAACCUCGCCGCGGGUGCCGGGGACGAGGACGGGGAAGGGCCGGACCGCGAGGAGAACGGCUCCUCCUCCGCUGCCUCGCACACGGGCCGGUCCUGGCAGAAUCACCAGCAGCCGCAGCAGCAGCUGCUGCAGGAACCACUAGCUCUGCAACAGCAACACCCGCACGGCUCCCACGGACCCCCCGGGAUGGGCCCGCAGCCCACCGGGGGCCCGGGCAGCCUGGUGGGCAGCAUCUUUCGCAACCUAAGCAUGUCGUCCUGGUACAGCAGCACCAACGGGAACAGCCACCACACCCGCAAUCCCGCCAACUAUGAGGACGACGAGAAUUUCCACCGAACCUAUUCGGUCGGGGACGAGCAGGUUUACUACGACGAUUACCACAACAACAACAACUACCGAUACCAAGACCCGACGCUGUACGGGAGAGAGAUCGAGAUGGAACCCCUUCCGAACGUCGAGGACGAGGAUCCCAGCAACUACAAGUUUGCCUUUAAGGACUUUCCCCGCAAGGACGGGACGCCCUGCCUCAUCAUCGACGACGACACCUUUCUCAGCGAGCGGAAGCGCCGGGACGCGGCCAAAAAGAUCUUUUCGAUCAACGACAGCGACGACGAGGAAAACAACGGCAUCGAUGGUGGCGACGAAAAGAAGCUGGAGGACCACCUCCCGGUGUCCGACGACGCCUUCAAGAGGAUAUUGUCCCAGAAUUCGCUAAACACCGAUGGAUCCAAUAACUCCUUUGAGAACAAGCGGUCCGUCGAUGGCGUCGACGAGGAUGAGGACGAGGACGACGACACGGACAGCAUCGUGGUGCCCACCAUCGGGGAAAGCUUUUUGCUUUCCGAGCGGUCCCCAGACGCAAAGUCGCUGGAGUUUCAGCAGAAGCUCUCCCGGCUGAUCGAAACAAAGGAAAAGCUCUACACCCAGGGGGAAAAGAACGAAGCGAUCGUGGCCGAGAACCGGAAAAAGCGGGAGAACACCCGGGAGCGGGAGCGCGUGGACCGGCACAAGGCCAUCGAGCGGGAGCUGGAGGACAUCGAGGCCGAGUUCUCCCUCACCGUGCAGCCCCGGUCGCCGGUGCGGAACCCCAAGAACGAGGCUUCCGCGGGCCCAAUCGGAACGCCGGGGGGCUCCUCCCACUCCCCCCGGGCCGGGCCCCGGUUCUCCCCCCUGCCCUCCCGGUACGCGGCCUCGCCCUCUCGGAGCGUGGUGGCACAGUCCCCGGGCCGGGCCGUCCUGGGGAGGGGCGACCACCACCGGCGGCACAACAGCGUCGGGCAGACCAGCCUGGGGGCCAGCCCCUUUCGCAAGUUCAGCCCAAGGACCACGAGCAGGUACCCCGGUCACUCGCACAGCAAGAGCACGGGGCCCUACGGAAGCGCGGGCCUGGGUCUGAGCGGAAGCGGCGACGUCUUUCGGCAGGAGGGAAGCGCCGCGGAUGGAGGCAGCGGCAGCAGCCGGCUGUCCCCCCCGGGGGGGCAGUUCCCUUCGGGCGGCGGUGCCGCGGGCCGGGCCGACGACCUCUCGCUCCCAUCGAUGGCGGCGGGACCGGGCCACUACCUGUCCCCCCAGGACCUCAUCGACGAGGUGAUGCAGACGGGCCAGGAGCUUUCCCUGAGCGGCCGGCACUCGGUCCCGGUUGGGCCGUCCCGCCAGCACCGCCGGUCGGCGACCCCCACCCGGCUGUCCUCGUCGUUCCUGAGGUCCCGUUCGCCGUCGGUCUCCUCGUCGUCGACGGGCCAGAAAUUCCAGGUCCACCGGCGGGUCAGCUCCUUUGACGUCGACGAAUCCUUCCAGCGGUCCGUCCGACAGUCGUCCUCCUUUGGCGGGAGCAAGGGACAAGUGGGGGGUGGGCUCGUUUCGCCGUCCAAGCCCGCUUCCCGCACGAGGCCGCGGUCGAACAGCCACGUUUCGGUGGGCAGCAGCGGGGGCAGCCAGCAGCAGCAACAGCAACAGCAACAACAACAACAACAACAACAACAACAACAGCACCGGAGGACGGGAAGCCACUCGGAGGAUGUCUUUUUGCACGGCGUCGUGGCACAGACCCGAUUUGUAUAGGACGAUGCAAUGAAAUGCAAUGCUUUGC